AUGAGAGUCUUUCCGCAUUCUCUAGCAUCCUCGUUCUGCACCGUCACUCUAACCAUAUUGUCCACUACUUGUUUUGUUCAUAAUGGCGUCGUGGGGUCGUGGGGUCGAACCGGAGACGAUUCCGACUCGUGGGUAGAUAUUCCGUACCUCAAGAACUACCUGACCAAGAGCUACCACCGGCGGCUCGACUUGACUUAUAAGCAGGAGUUCAAUGAUUUUAAGGUGAUGGAGGUGGCCAUGUUCUCGGUCGACGAUACAAUGAGGGUACUGAGAAAACGCAGAUACAUCCCUGGUCCCCCACGUGAUCAGGACACUCCAGAUCUCGGGAGAUACAACAUUGAGUCUCUAGAAAGGGAACCUGCGGCCAGGGAUAGAUUCUACUGGGAUGCGUUCGGGUAUCUCGCGGCCUGGGAUAGCGAGUUUAAGGAAUGCCGGAUCCUACUCCAGCCAUGGAAGCCAGACCUACAGCCAUCCCAGUUAAAAGAGGUGAAAUUCGAAAAGAGAGGAGAGCGAUGGGAAAUUGCAUCUUCAACAUGGUUGCGGGGCAGCAAGGAAAAGAGGACCGUCUGUCUGAUAUGGGAGGUCUUCGAGAAGCUCGAAAAUGUCCAGCGACAGGAGAAUUCGGAGCUUGAUGCAAAUGAUCCCAGGCUUCAAUGGUGGCUCCGGUAUCUGGACGGGGAGCAGGAGAUACCGGGAGACGCAGAUGAAGCUCGGCGGAAAGUACCCCAUCCCACGGGUUAUCCUUUCCAGUGGCUUGACUGUUCCGGAGGUAAAAGGACGAUGCGAUUUGCGAAGGUCACGUUCUAG